UCAAAAAGUUGGCAGUAAAUCAUCAAUGUAUGGGCGAUUACUUUGCUAGAGAACGGAGAAAUUUGGCGCUUUAAUUCACCAUCAAUUACAGAAAGCCAAGGCCUUGGUCUAUGAUUGAGAUAUGGAGGGCGAUGGGGACUUGAUGAAAAUGCUAAUGCGCGCUGACCCUCCAGACGAAAGUAUUCAAGGGCCCAUGGAUGAGUCAGCCCUGGUUCAAUCUGGGGGAUAUCCCCAGACUGGUAUGGCAUUUGGGUCUGGCAGCUAUGCAGGCAUGCAGCAGCAGUUUACUGGAAUAAGUUCCCGGCAGCAACAACAGCAACAGUGUAAUUCUGGUUACCCACCGAUGAAUCCAGGCCAAAUGAUUCCAAGAAGUCCAAACAAUGGCAUGAUGCAGCCAGAUAUGGACUUGAUGCUUCAACAGCAGCAGUAUCAGCAGCAGCAGCAGCAGCAGCAGCAACCUCCGCAGUCUGCAUAUGGAAGUGGAAACUAUCAAGGAUACAAUGGAGGUUACCAAGGUGCUAGGACUGUGUCUCCUCAAACUCAUUCCCAAGCCAUGAGUCCUUACCAGGGAGGUUUUCCUCCAGAUUCUGGUUAUGCUCCUGGUGGUGUCAGUGGACAGUCCAUGGGGGAAUUUGGACCUCAGGCUGGCCCCACUCAGCCCAUGGGAAUGCCUGGACCAGCUUCCUUGAGCCUAGCUGCCAUGAGCAACAGGCAACAGUAUUAUGCAGAUGGCUAUGGAAUGAGCCAGCCAGUGUCUCCCGUGCAGAAGCAGAUGCCACAAGGAGGAGGAUUUCUGCAGCCUUCAGGAAUGCCAUAUUCUCAGCAGGUUCCAUAUCAGCCCAGUCCAUAUCCUAAGAGGCCAUCCUCAUCACCGGUGCCAUCUCAAAUGCAUGGGUUUAGUUCUGCUGGCUCCUCCUACACCCCCAGAUCAACCACAGGGAUGCAGCUACCUAACAUGCCGUAUACGUCUUCUACAAACCCAUACCAACCACCCUGCUCCCCUGGACGAAGAUCCUCUUCAACAUCACCAGUCCCACAGCAAGAUGUAGGGAUGUACAACAGGCCUCAAGAACACUUUCCACAGCCCAGGUCUCCGUUUGGGACGAGUCAAGGGCAUUUCCAGCAGCAGCAGCAGCAACAAACGACGCAUAGUUCGUGUAUGUUUGUUCAACCCAGCAUUACACCCUCACAGUCCCAUUACCAGUCACAGCAGCUAAUGACUGCCAGCAAGGCAGGAGGCUUAACACAACGCCGUGCAUCUUAUCCAGGACAUCAAAACGCUGUGAAAAUGCCUUCUCCUCCACCAAAGAGAUCCCCUCCAACCAAGGUGUCCUCUCCAAGUGCCACAAGUCCAGAUCUCACUAGGGUUGGCCAACUUGGAUUUGAAGAGAGAAGCUCUCUGAAACCUUUUACCGCAAAGGAGAAGGUAUCGUCUCCACCAAGCAGUGAUCCAAGUUCAGUGACUUCAGAACCAACGAUUACCGUCUCUAACGCUGUACAGUGCUCAUUCAAGAAGAAGUCAACGUCUGCAAAAAAACGAAGUGAAAUCCUCAAAGCAAAUCCUCGACAACGACGAAGCGCCUCAGAUGCUACAAGUCCCUGUGUUUCACCUCCAAUUGUAAAAAAAGAGCCACUGUGUCCAGACGGACACAAGAAUGAAGCUGAAGAAACCAUUGAAAAGGAAGGGUCUGAUAAGACUGAUACGAAGUUUAAAGAAAUCGAUGUCAACGAAUCCAGUGAGAGCAAGUCGGUGUCACGACAGGAGCAUGGCCAAGCGAACAAAAGUUUACAGAGUUUAUGGGACAGUAAGGAAGAAUCGUCGUGUGAUUUUGACAAAAAGGUAGGAAACGAAUGCAAAGGCGAUGAAAUAAAGGCAGAGGAAGAAGCCACGGUAAAAACGACUUCCGUUGCUCCACGAUCAAUUGAUAAAUCUGAAACGGAACAUAAAGAGGUAGAACAUAGUGCAACGAGCUUUACUGAGUCAGAAAGCUGUGCCAGAAGUCCAGUGAAGGAGGUAGGGAAAGAGGAAACUUCCCACGAGAACCCGAAAUUCAGCAAUGAUGAUAAAGAAGAGACGUGCACGGAACGGAAGGAGCCCUCUGAGGGAAAAAAUGUUGAUUGUAAAAAGGAAUCAAACAGAGAAGUGGAAAAAACGGGUACUGAUAACGAAGAACUUUCGGUCACUCCCAUGACAGAUUCCAAAAUUGGUGAUACGAGUGGAACCUCUGACGAAACUAAUGAAGCAGACGACCAAACACGAGCAACUGGUCUCGAAGCAGACAAAACCAGUGAGAGGUGUCGAAAAUUAGACGACCAAUCUAAGGGAAACGGGAAAACCAGCCGAACCAAUGAUGACGAGACUGGAAAAGUGAGUUCCAGUGAAGGUACCGCCAUUGCGUGCAAAACAAAAAAGACUGGGUCUGGUGUGGAUGACGCUUGCGCUGAGGGCGUUGAUGAGGAGGAGAGAACUGAGAUUAAAGAGAAAGUUAGUACUUCGGCUAAGAAGUCUGAAGUAGGCGGAGAGGUGAAAGAAAUUGAAAGUGAAGAGACUCGAAUAACUAAGAAACCCGAAGCCUACGGCAAAACAGAUAAACCUCAGGUGGUCAGCGAGAAGUCCAGUGGAGCGGCCGAGAAAUCGCUCUCCAAUGAAAACGUCGGUGGUACUCAAGAUGCCAAAGUCCACAGUAAAAAGGACCGUCAAGCCAUUCCUUCCCUAAGAUGCGAAGAGCGGCUCUCUUCAGAUGACGAUGAUCGCCUUCACGAAAAGACUCCAGCGGAUGAAAAAACUCAGGAGGAGUCAGACAGCGAGGGUGGGCAUGUAGUUGAAAGCAGAACUCUGGGAAUUCAGACAGUACAGCAGCAUACCACUACAACACGCACCACCCAGCACCAGGCAACUCCCAUCAAGGCUACCAUCAUUGCUAAGGGUACUUCCUCCCAGAACAAUCAACAGGUGAUGGUUGCCAAGACGACUAAUGGUAAGAUGUACCUCAUUCAAGGGAACAUCUUGAUGCCGGUUCAAAAGCUCAGCACCGAUUCAUCCAAACAGAAUCCACAGGUGAUAAUUGUAAACCCAGUUACGUCAGGCUCUGGAAGUAAUCCGGCAACCAAAGGAGGUAACGCUACCGAUGUAACCACAAGCAGGAAUGAUGGCAAAACUGGAAAUUGCCAGAGCAAUUCAAGGAACAAGGCCUCAAACGUUUCAGACAAAGCAAUUUCUGGAACUGCAACCAUGCCUGAUACGGAAAAGUGUGAUCAGAGCAUUAAAAAUCCAGAACGGUCACCCAAAACUAAAACUCCUGUGAAGAAAGACAAAUCACCAAACUCUGAAACGACUAAAAAUUCACCCACUCGGCCUGAUAAAGCCCGUAAAACUGGGGAAAAGGAUAACCAAACUGACAAGACGGAAUCUCCCCGCCCGAAAAACAAUCCACAUUCGACAAAUUCGAACAAAACAGCAGAAACGUCCACUACCAAUCAAGCCUCCUCGGUGGAAGGAAAUAGACAGCUAGUGCAAAACAGAACGCGUGGACGGCCAGUGGGAAGUAAAGAUAAGCAAAAGCGAAAACCUUACGUACAUAAAGUAAAGCGGAAGCAGGAGGACAUGGAGGUUGAAGAACAGAACACGUCAGAGCCUGUCGCUAAACGUAAAUUCUCAAAAACUGCUAUCGCUGUUCAAGAAAUGUCUUCGGCUUCUGGACCGCCCGUAGCUUGCGCAAAACGGCUAGUAGAGGCUCCAACAGUUAGUGUUGGUAGACCCUCGAAAAAACGCAAAGUAUCCAAUUCCAGCUCGUCCGUAAAGCACGUCAUGUCGACCAAACCGCGCGGCGGUGUCGAUGGUGAUACAUGGGUUUGCUCUUUCUGUGGCAGACAAAGCGGUUUUAACUUGCUAGGAGAUCUUUACGGACCAUAUAAAACGAAAUUUUCCAAGGAAAAAUCGAUGGAUGGUUCCUCUAAGGAGGGCAAACUGUCGCAGAAAAUGUCUUCGCCAAGCCGGAGGGCAAGUUCGAGUUCUGACAUACAAACAGAUAGCGAAAGUUACGAUGUGGACUUGUGGAUUCAUCGAGAUUGUGGUGUGUGGUCCCCUGGGGUUUUUAUGAUCGGAAGGACCGUUCAUGGAUUGGAACAAGCUGUAGAAAGUGCAGCGCAGCAUAAAUGCACCAAAUGUUUUGAACUUGGCGCCACCUUGGCCUGCUUCAAACGGGGAUGCAAUAAGAUCUUCCAUUACGCAUGCGCAAGAGAUUCAGGUAGUUCCUUCGUCGAGGACAAUUUUACGAUAUUCUGCUCAAUACACAAGUAACGUUAGCCCCUUCCAUCGAUGCUUUGCGAAACAUAAUACUGUCCCGUACGUUGUGUAUGCAGUGAACUGAAUGCAGAGUAAUAGUUGCACAUGCGCCGGAAAAGGAAUUGAAUGAAAGCAAAUUGAUUUUCGUACAGACAAUUGACAGUAUUGGAGGACAUUAAGUCCAGGAGAGGAGGCGUUUUGCUGAAGUUCAAUUUAAAGGAUAACUUCUAAUAUUAUAUUAGAUACAUUACUUAAGUUGCUUUUUGGUCAAAUUCUAAUGCAAAUUUCUUAAUGAGGUUGAGUUAUUUUUUGGAGGCCGGAGGCUAAUUUAGUAAAAUUAUAAUGGAUGUGAAUACCUACCUCAAAAUGAAAACGUUGUGUACAUCAGACAUAAUCCGGUUCAUUGGGAAGAAAGAGGAUUUGAUUAAUAAAAAUUUGAUUGCAUGGAUGCGA